CAAGCAGGGAGGGGGGGCCCGAAGCGGCUGCUCUUCCCCGCCUCCCUCUUGUUCUGGGUCCCCAACUCCUGGGACGUUCACCGAGACCAGCAAACAGCCUCUAAACCCAGCCACUGGCUGUCUCAGGGACUCAGGCGCCAAGGGCCACCUCCAGCCAGGGCAGGGGAACCCCGGCGGGCUUAGCCAGUUCUUAGCCUCAUGGCCCCCGAUGGCCACUGAGCCCCACCAUGGGCAGUUUAUACUCUGAGUACCUGAAUCCUGAGAAGGUUCGAGAACAUUACAACUACACCAAGGAGACACUGGACAUGCAAGAGACGCCUGCCCGCAAGGUGGCCUCAGCCUUCAUCAUCCUUCUUUGCUGCGCCAUCGUGGUGGAGAACCUUCUGGUGCUUGUGGCAGUGGCUAGAAAUAGCAAGUUCCACUCGGCCAUGUACCUGUUCCUGGGCAACCUUGCUGCCUCUGAUCUGCUGGCUGGCGUGGCCUUUGUGGCCAACACCUUGCUGUCGGGCUCUGUCACACUCUCUCUGACCCCCUUGCAGUGGUUCGCCCGGGAAGGCUCCGCCUUCAUCACUCUGUCUGCCUCCGUCUUCAGCCUCCUCGCCAUAGCUAUAGAGAGACACGUGGCCAUUGCUAAGGUCAAGCUGUAUGGCAGCGAGAAGAGCUGUCGCAUGUUGAUGCUCAUCGGAGCCUCCUGGUUCAUCUCUCUGAUUCUGGGCGGCCUGCCUAUCCUGGGCUGGAACUGCCUGGACCAGCUGGAGACCUGCUCCACUGUCCUGCCCCUGUACGCCAAGUACUAUGUGCUCUGCGUAGUGACUAUCUUCUCUGUCAUCCUGCUGGCCAUUGUGGCUCUGUACGUCCGUAUCUACUUUGUUGUCCGAUCCAGCCAAGCUGAUGUGGCCGGUCCCCAGACCCUGGCCCUACUCAAGACGGUCACCAUUGUCUUAGGUGUCUUCAUUGUGUGCUGGCUCCCUGCUUUUAGCAUCCUUCUGUUAGACUUUGCCUGUCCUGUCCGAGCCUGUCCUGUCCUCUACAAAGCACAUUAUUUUUUUGCCUUUGCCACCCUCAACUCACUGCUCAACCCAGUCAUCUACACAUGGCGAAGCAGAGACCUGAGGAGGGAGGUGUUGAGACCCCUGCAAUGUUGGCAACGGGGGACUCGGGUGGCCAGUCGGCGGCACAGUGGGACUCCGGGCCACCGCCUCCUGCCCCUCCGCAGCUCCAGCUCGCUGGAGAGGGGUCUGCAUAUACCCACGUCACCCACAUUUGUGGAGGGCAACACAGUGGUCUGAAGAGAAGGGGUGAGCUGAUAGAUAACAAAGUCACAGAGAGAUGCUUGGAGAGGGCUCAGAUGACCUCAAGAUGUCCUGCAACACCACAGGCCUAGUGGAAUUUGACCAUACUUCAUGGCUCAGGUGGCCAGCACUGACAAAUCAGAUUAUAGUAUUGUGACUAAGGGGGGCAGGAGGCUGGAGGUCAGGGCUAGGGAAUUUAUAACUUGGUACAAGGAUGUCAGCACCCUAGCCUACCUUCCAGUGCCUUCUCCCCUCCUUGCCACCAUUUUGUGCUUUUUUUGUUUUGUUUUGUUUUGUUUUUUUAAGACAAGUUCUCACUUUGUAGCCCUGGUUGCCUGGUUGGCCUGGAACUCACCAUGUAGACCAGGCUGGCACCAGAGAUCCUCCUGCCUCUGCCUUCUGAGUGCUGGGAGUUAGCCAUAUGCCACCAUUCUGGGCCCCUGCCACAUCUAUGAACAACCUCAGACCACUCUUGUGGAACUGCUGUUUCCAGAGAACCCAGGGCUUCCUCUCUGUCCCUCCUGGGCCUAAGUCCACAGCUUCCCCAAUUUCAUCAACUUGGCCCCUUCCCUUUCCUUUCAUAUGCCAGGAAAGGAAACCAGUGAUAGGGGCAGGGAGGGGUCCCCGAAUCCCGUUCUCCAUGUUCAGAUCUCAUUGGCUUAUUGCACUAUUAGAGGGUGCAAAGGAAUCAAUGAGAGUUGGGGAAAUCAGUGGGGGGAGGGGGGAGCUGAAGAUGGCUUUGGGCUUCCCUUAAGGGAGAUAUUGGCCCAUUUUUGGAACUUCUAUCCCAAACUAAGCCUCCACCAGAAGCUGUUCCCACCAGAGCACCUUCCUCCUACCCCAGGUAUCAGGUCCUGAAGGCAAGGCAGCGUUGAGCCCGCUGUACUUGCUUGCAAAUUGUCUUUAUUUUUGUACUAUUUUUUUAAAAAUUUGUGACAGGGUCUCAUGUAGCCCAGGCUGGCCUCCAACUUGCUAUGUAGCCGAGGCUAAUCUUGGACUCCUUGAUUCCCCCUACCUCCACUUCUGGAGUGCUGGGAUCACAGGCGUGAACUGCCAAUGCCUGAUUUGCAAGUUUCUUGAAUGGACUGUAAGGCUGGGGUGACCACCAAAUUUCUUGGUGACUUUAACCUGUCACCUGACCUUGAAGAACUUCGAUGACUCCUGUGGACAAAUAGGUCCACUGCGGUACAAACUAUAUUUAUAUGUGUCUGUAUAUGUCAGCACAUGGGGUCUAUGACUCCUCUUCCCUGGCUGGAUGUUUUUCUGACCUCUCAUGUUCACGUCCAUGUUGAAACUGCUGGGGCAGGGGGGUGGGUCUGACCACACUCAGACCCCAUUGGGAAUUGCUGGCUUAUCUCUCCCACAGGGGUGGGGGGGACUUGGGGUGCAAGGAGCCAGUCGGGAGUGUGUCUCCCCUCAUUUAGCUCCCCUGAGGUCCUCCUCCCACUGGAGGGGCCAAUAAAUGGCUUAAUUUCUCUCAA